AUGAGUACGGACGCUGAGAUGGAAAUCUACGGCAAGGCUGCCAUAUACCUCCGUAAGUCUGAGAAGGAGAGGAUGGAGGCACAAGCCAUGCCCUUUGAUUCAAAGAACUCCUGCUAUGUGACAGACAAGGCAGAGCUGUACCUCAAGGGUCUGGUCACUGCCAGGGCCGAUGGGAAGUGUACUGUAACAGUCACCAAACCUGACGGCACUAAGGAGGUAAGCCUGAUCUGAAAAGUAUUCAAGUUCAAGUUUGUGCAAUUACUCUAUUUAUUGAAAAAUCAUCUAAGUUAUAUGAAAAAAUGCCAAUAGGCAAUAAGACAUAAUUAACAAAAGAUAGAUUAAGAAGCAUUUAAUUGUUUAUUUGUGUGCAGUAUAUAUCCUUAAAACAUUGACUAGUCAAGAAUCACCAGUCAUUUUUCAGUGGCUGAUAACAAAGUAGUUGAUUAAAUGUGGAUAUGCAUUAUUUAAAUGAUUCAACUUGGAUUUCAUGAGCAAAACGCAUUCAGUCAUGUCCACUUUGAUCUGUGUGUAAUCUAGAUUUCUGACUGUUUCAGGAAGGAAAAGAGUUCAAAGAUGCAGACAUCUACGAGAUGAAUCCCCCUAAGUAUGACAAGAUUGAGGACAUGGCCAUGAUGACCUACCUGAAUGAAGCCUCUGUGUUGUAUAACCUCAAAGAGCGUUAUGCAGCAUGGAUGAUCUAUGUAAGAAACCUGCACAUACAAACACACACAUAUACAGUACCAGUGAAAAGUUUGGACACACCUACUCAUUCUAGGGUUUUUCUUUAUUUUUACAAUUUUUCACAUUGUAGAAUGAUAGUGAAGACAUACAAACUAUGUAUACAGAAGAUAGUCCUAUUUGGUAAAAGACCAAGUCCAUAUUAUAGCAAGAACAGCUCAAAUAAGCAAAGAGAAACGACAGUCCAUCAUUACUUUAAGACAUGAAGGUCAGUCAAUCCUGAAAAUGUGAAGAACUUUGAAAAGGUUAUUUUUCUUUAGUUUUUUAGCAGACGCUCUUAUCCAGAGCGACUUACAGGAGCAAUUAGGGUUAAGUGCCUUGCUCAAGGGCACAUCGACAGUUCUUCAAGUGCAGUCGUAAAAACCAUCAAGCGCUAUGAUGAAACUGGCUCUCAUGAGGGCCGCCACAGGAAAGGUAGACCCAGAGUUACCUCUGCUGCAGAGGAUAAAUUCAUUAGAGUUACCAGCCUCAGAAAUUGCAGCCCAAAUAAGUGCUUUAAUGAGUUCAAGUAACUGACACAUCUUAACAUCAACUAUUCAGAGGAGACUGAGUGAAUCAGGCCUUCAUGGUCAAAUUGCUGCAAAGAAACCACUACUAAAGGAAAUCAAUAAUAAGAAGAGACUUGCUUGGGCCAAGAAACACAGAUCUUUGGUUCCAACUGCUGUGUCUUUGUGAGAAUCUUAAAUAUAAAAUAUAUUUUGAUUUGUUUAACGCUUUUUUGGUUACUACAUGAUUCCAUAUGUGUUAUUUCAUAGUUGUGAUGUCUUCCCUAUUAUGCUACAAUGUAGGAAAUAGUUAAAAUCAAGAAAAACACUUGAAUGAGUAGGUGUGUCCAAACUUUUGACUGGUACUGUAUAUGAACAGAAGAAAUACACACAUACAGUACUAUACAUAAAUUAAUGGUAGAAACCAAACCAAAUCAAUACAUCAGUAUACCAAAGUACUCCCACAUCCUCACAUAAAUCCUGAUAAAAGUCAAUCUGACUUUACUAAUCCCCUAAUUUAAUUUUCAUCCAGACCUACUCUGGGCUCUUCUGUGCCACGGUGAACCCCUACAAGUGGCUCCCCGUGUACGACGCAGAGGUUGUCAACGCCUACAGAGGGAAGAAAAGGAUGGAGGCUCCACCCCAUAUCUUCUCCGUCUCUGACAACGCCUUUCAGUUCAUGCUGAUUGGUACGAGCUCUCAUGGAUGGAUGAUGGAUGGAUGGAUGGAUGGGAUGGAUGGAUGGAUGAUGGAUGGAUGGAUGGAUGGAUGGAUGGAUGGAUGGAUGGAUGGAUGGAUGGAUGGAUGGAUGGAUGGAUGGAUGGAUGGUGGAUGGUUGGAUGGAUGGACGUCCAUGAUUGCAUAUGGAUCUCAAAGUCCAUAAGGUGCUUAUGGAUAGAUGGAUGGAUGCAUCAAUGGAAGUUAAAAUAUGCUUUAGAGAGGUAUCUACUGUUUUCUAGUCUAGGUAAUAACAGUUUGCUGGGAAUAUUUGUUUUCACUACCAAUGAAUGAAAAAAUGUUCCAAAAUGAAAUGCAUGAUGAUGCUAUGAAUGAAAUAAUGUCCCCAUAAUGUUACUUGAGUACGAUAAGCAAUAUGUAUUUCGGUUACAGAUAAGGAGAACCAGUCCAUCCUGAUUACGUAAGUUUUUUACAAAUAUUACACUUUUAGCAAUAUGUUGGGUCACUUCCCACUGGGCACACACUGGUUAAAUCAAUGUUGAACCAACAUGAAACAGACGUUGAAUUGACGUCCGUUCCCAAUGGGAUGAAAAUAAGUGAUGAUUAGGCUUAAUAAUGAAUAUUUGUUCAUUUACAUUUUUGUCAUUUAGAAUCCAGAGUGACUGCAUCCUUUUUCAUACUGGUCCCCCGUGGGAAUUGAACCCACAACCCUGGCAUUGCAAGCACCAUGCUCUACCAACUAAGCCACACAGGAUUUUCUUAUGUUAGAAAACAGGUCAACAGUGUAUUUUUCUAUGCUAUUUCUUAGUGAAAGCCAAUCUGACACUCAAACACCCCUCUUUCUCUGUCAUAUAAACCAGUGGAGAAUCCGGUGCAGGAAAGACUGUCAACACCAAGCGUGUCAUCCAGUACUUCGCCACCAUUGCAGUGUCUAGUGGCGAGAAGAAGAAGGAAGCAGACCCCAGCAAAAUGCAGGUAGGUUGGGCUCAUGUUUGCCUUUUUAACACAUUCCAAGAAAAAAUUACUUUACCAGUUUCUGAGCAACUUGUGUUUGUCUCAAUCAGGGGUCUCUUGAGGAUCAGAUCAUUGCAGCUAACCCUCUGCUGGAGGCUUACGGUAAUGCCAAGACAGUGAGGAACGACAACUCAUCUCGCUUUGUAAGUAUGAAGGGCAUACUGUGGAAGUGACCUUAUAUUGGACACAUGUGUUUCAGUAGUUCCCUAUUGAUAUGUCAAUAGAUGUCCAACAACCUGUAACAUUUAAAGGGGUCCAUCAAAGUAAAAUGUUAGAUUUAUUUUGUUGACCUAUUUCUAACCCCCGUGCUCUACUAUAGGGUAAAUUCAUCAGGAUUCACUUCCAAGGUGGUAAACUGGCUAAAGCUGACAUUGAGACCUGUGAGUUGGUUUUGAUUGUUUCUCAAUGCUUUCCUAAAUUCACAGAAUAUUUUUGGGGGGAUCACAUAUUCAAAUUCUCUCUCUCUCUCUCGCUCUCUCUUUCACCCUCAGACCUGCUGGAGAAGUCCAGAGUGUCCUUCCAGCUGCCCGAUGAGAGAGGCUACCACAUCUUCUUCCAGAUGAUGACAGGCCACAAACCUGAGAUAGUUGGUACGAAAAGAAGAGGUUCAUGGGAGAUUCUUCCCACCCCCAUCUGUGGAACUUAUUAAACAUGUUCAUAAUCUACACUGAUAAUACUAUUACAUCUUUGGGAAAGAUGUAUCAAGUGAUGCACUGUGAUCACACUAGUCCACAAGUCUUUGUCCCCUCUUUUGAUGCUAUUUAUUAUAUACUACAUGUAUCCUUGAGUCCAUCUAUUGAGUAAAGGAGAGAGAGAUACUGUAAAGGUAGGAGAGCACAAUUCUAAGAGAUUUAACUGACAAGCCAUUCUCUGUUGUCCACAGAAAUGGCCCUCCUCACCACCAACCCCUACGACUUCCCCAUGUGUAGCCAGGGUCAGAUCGCUGUGGCCAGCAUCGACGACAAGGAAGAGCUGGAUGCCACAGACGUGAGUCAAACAAAGGGUUAACCAAACUCUAGAUAUAGAAAGGGAAUGACCAUCAAACACACUGAAUGCACUGUGAAAUUCCAACUUGGUGGAAGCUGGGAAUGUUCAUGUAUGUUUUUGUUUGAUUCUAAAUGCCUUGUGUUAGUUAGGCAUGUGCCUCAAGGAACUCUUCAUGCCUUUACACUUAGCCUUGAGGCUAAUACAUGUAAGACAUCCACAAGAGAGCACCACUAAGUUUCCUUUGGAGCUGUGUAAAACUCCUUUUGUGCUGCCAUCAACUAGUGUGUUUGGCCAAGCGUUAUCAUGUGGAACAGAGAAGCCUUUCAAAUCUAUCCAUCCCAUUGUUUCUGCAGUGAGCAGCACAGAACUGUAGUGUAACUGAGCAAACUACCGUUCAGUUCAUCACUGUUGUACUUCCUCUUUAAUGCCAGGAUGCCAUUACAAUCCUGGGCUUCAGUAACGAUGAGAAGAUUGGCAUCUACAAGCUGACAGGAGCUGUAGUGCACCAUGGCAACAUGAAAUUCAAGCAGAAGCAGCGUGAGGAGCAGGCCGAGCCAGACGGCACAGAGGGUGAGUCCCCACUCAUAGAUAUACAAUAUGUAAAGCAUUAGUCCCAUUCCCAGUCCCACUCAUAGAUAUACAAUAUGUAAAGCAUUAGUCCCAUUCCCAGUCCCCACUCAUAGAUAUACAAUAUGUAAAGCAUUAGUCCCAUUCCCAGUCCCACUCAUAGAUAUACAAUAUAUAAGUAUUAGUCCCAUUCCCAGUCCCACUCAUAGAUAUACAAUAUGUAAAGCAUUAGUCCCAUUCCCAAACAUAGAAAUAGAACACGUAAGACAGACAGUGCCACAUGAAAGUGAUGCAGGAGAUCAUUUUUGGAGAACAAAUUCUGAGCUCCAGAAAUGAUUUGAAAUGAUGGAUGUGGGUGAAUCAAAACCUAACUCACAAAGAAGUUAGCCAAACUAUUUUGACAGUGUGACAUUAAAAACAAAGUGAUCUUGUGUCCCUGAGUCUGUUGUUGUUGGUUCUCUCUCCAGUGGCUGAUAAAAUCGGCUACCUGCUUGGCCUGAACUCAGCUGAGAUGUUGAAGGCUCUGUGCUACCCCAGAGUGAAGGUCGGCAACGAGUAUGUGACCAAGGGACAGACUGUGGCUCAGGUAAGGCGGCAACCUCCACCAUUUUCUGAGCAUAAUUAUUUUGGGGACAAGUGCAUUGCUUUUGUUUUUCCCAAGCUCGUAUCACCAUAUCACUAGACAUGGUCAAUAUCUCCUGUAUUAAUUUGAGGUGUUAUCAUUGCAGGUUAAUAACUCAGUCAGCGCUCUGGCCAAGUCUAUCUAUGAGAGGAUGUUCUUGUGGAUGGUCAUCCGUAUCAAUGAAAUGUUGGACACCAAGCAGCCAAGGCAGUUCUAUAUCGGUGUGCUUGACAUUGCCGGGUUUGAGAUCUUUGAUGUGAGUAUGAGACCAGAACUAGACAAUUAGUUGUGAUUGAGAUGGAUUACAGCCUUGUAUGAUGAAAUUAUCCCUUUUAAAACUCCAUCAACAGUACAACAGCAUGGAACAGCUGUGCAUCAACUUCACCAAUGAGAAACUGCAACAGUUUUUCAACCACACCAUGUUCGUCCUGGAGCAAGAGGAGUACAAGAAGGAGGGAAUCGUCUGGGCCUUCAUUGACUUCGGCAUGGACUUGGCUGCCUGCAUUGAGCUUAUUGAGAAGGUAAACUGUCUGUGAGGAUUAUACUGGACCGCAACAGCAAAGCUCAUAGGGAGCGCUGUGUGAGACAUUAUCACAGUUUUACAACGCAUCUGACUGUUGAGAACUCAAUAUGUUUCCUAUUAUGUGCCUCUAAAUUAAUAUAAUCCUAUAAUAGCAUGUUUACUAAAGGAAUAAAUGUGAUCCUAAAUGUAAAUAUCACUAAUUUGAUAUACAUCUCUUUUCGUAAAGCCAUUGGGCAUCUUCUCCAUCCUUGAAGAGGAGUGCAUGUUCCCCAAGUCUUCAGACACUUCCUUCAAGAACAAGCUGUAUGACCAGCAUCUUGGGAAAAACAAGGCGUUUGAGAAGCCCAAGCCUGCCAAAGGCAAGGCAGAGGCCCACUUCUCCCUGGUGCACUACGCCGGUACUGUGGACUACAACAUCACUGGCUGGCUGGAGAAGAACAAGGACCCCCUGAACGACUCAGUUUGUCAGUUAUACGGGAAGUCUGGAGUCAAAAUCCUGGCUGCCCUGUAUCCCGCUGCCCCACCAGAGGGUAAGUAUCAGGUCAAAAUAUUUAACAAGGCACUAGCUACAACUCAGACCCACAUUUUCUUUAAAAUAGCUUUGAAUGUAUCACAAUUGUAUCACAAUUUUCUCAGGGUUUAUCACUGGGUUAAUUUAUUCAUGCUCUCGGUUAAAGUGGCAAUAUGUAACUUUUGGGCAGCCCCACCAAUGCACAUAGAAAAUGUGAGUUGUAGAUCUCUCAUUCUACUUGAAAGCAAGUCUAAGAAGCGAUAGAUUUGUUCUAUGCUUCCCGUUAUUCGUUUGUUUUUGCAUCUUUUACUUUCGGUUUUGUACACCAGCUUCAAACAGCUGAAACAACAAUAUUUUUGGUUAUAGAAAAUAUAUUUCACAGCGGUUUAGCUGGUACAAUGAUUCUCUAAACUAUGCUAGUUAAUUUUUUUCACAUAGGUUUUAGCAACCAGGAAAUGGCGGAGAGAUUUCUGCAUAGUGCAACUUUAAUUUAAUUAUAUAAUAGGUGUUAUUUUACACAAAUCUCAUUGGUCGCAUUUGCAUCUAGAUAAGUGUGAUAAGUUAACCAGAGAUUCUCUGGUUUAUAAUUAAUGUGCUUGCUGAAGACAAGACCACUCUAGAUUUCUUACAUACUCUUAUUAUUAUUCUAUUUAUUCCACCCGCUCUAGGAAAUGUACUUUUCUAGUUAUCUUGAACUUUUCCCCAUUUGAACAGAUACAAGCAAGAAAGGAGGCAAGAAGAAGGGUGGUUCCAUGCAGACUGUGUCCUCCCAGUUCAGGGUGAGCUUUUGAAAUGUGUAUAUUCAGUCCUUCAAAAGGUGCAUUGAAUAUCAUAAAUGAUGUCUGAGAAAAUGGUUUGUAACCCUCUUACAGGAGAACUUACAUAAGCUGAUGACCAACUUGAGGAGCACUCAUCCUCACUUUGUGCGCUGCCUGAUCCCCAACGAGUCAAAGACUCCAGGUACAAUAAAUAUUGAGUUAAAUAUGUACAUCUUAUCAGUACAGUAUCAGUGACUUUAACAAUCUCAAUCUUUAACCUGUUUAUGUGUAUUAAAAGAGACUUGGUUUGUUUUACCAGGUCUGAUGGAGAACUUCCUGGUUAUCCACCAGCUCAGGUGUAAUGGUGUACUGGAGGGUAUCAGGAUCUGCAGAAAGGGCUUCCCCAGCAGAAUCCUUUAUGCUGAUUUCAAGCAGAGGUACACGCACUUAAACACAAAUACGCAAAUGCACACAAUCACAGAGAGAUCUUCUCCAAGGGUUUUCCAGCAUCAGAAUAGUCUUACCUUAUAAGUAAUACAGUCAGGUCCAAAAUGACUGGCACUCUUGCUAAGAUGAGCAGAAAAGACUGGUAUCAAAUGUAUAAUAAAGAUACUGAACUAUAUUGUAUGGUCAAACAUUUGUGACAGUUAUAUUAUUUUAUACUAAUACAAUUGUUCAGAGAAAGAGAGUUAAAAUAAUAUAAUUUUGUUUGAUUUGUUUAGUGUUUUUUGCUCAUCUUCAUCAAGGGUGACCUCACUGUAAUAAUUAUAAUUAUGACCUCACUGUAUAACCAACCUAUUACAGCUUGGCAUACUUUAAAACUGUCUCCUCAUUCAGGUACAAAGUACUGAAUGCCAGUGUCAUCCCCGAGGGCCAGUUCAUGGACAACAAGAAGGCUUCUGAGAAGCUGCUUGGUUCCAUUGAUGUGAAUCACGAAGAUUACAAGUUUGGACACACCAAGGUCAGUCAAAUACCCCCCAGCAAAAGCUGACAACAAAACACUACUUCAAUGAUCAUUUAAACCCUUACCAUAUAAAAUCUCUCCAGUUGAUCUAUCCAUCCUUUUGUUCUUUCUUCUUCAUUUAACUAAAGGAAAAGGUGGAAAAACAUUGUAGUGUUUUUUUCUUCAAAGUCAUACAAGUAUAGAAGAGAAACUAAACUCAUUAUCAUGUGCAUUGUGUUAGAGUGGUAUGGCUGCAGUUAUCUGUAUCUGUGGACAUUAUUAAUCUACAACUGUAGAGUAACUAACAACUUAGAAACAUCCUAUCCCAUGGUUUGUUUGUAACCAUUGCAAAGUUAAUGUUGUCAAAUCAAUCUAGUGGAGUUGUUCCCCUCUUUUGAUUCAACCCUUUCUAUCUGUCACCAUCUGUGGUUCCAUUGACCAUGUUAACCUGUGUCUCAGGUGUUCUUCAAAGCCGGUCUUCUGGGUGUCCUGGAGGAGAUGAGAGAUGAGAAGCUGGCCUCUCUGGUCGGCAUGCUCCAGGCUCUCAGCCGUGGAUUCCUCAUGAGGAGAGAGUUUAGCAAGAUGAUGGAGAGGAGGUGAGGAAUAGUGGACAUCUUGGCAAAGCAUACUGUCAACCACCUGUAUCUAAUGCAUUAUGAUUACAUGCUGUAUAUGCUGUGAGUUGUUCAGAAUAAGAAAGUUCAUCUUAUAAUGCUCUAUUAAAGCUAGAAUCCUUAAUUGAAACAUUAACAAAGUGGCAACCCCGCCUCUGUUUUGGUAUACAGCUGUGGGAUGGGCCUGGAGCAUUGCAACUAUUCUCUAAUUGGUAGACAGAGAUAUGGUGAUAGUUUUAAGCUUGUUUUGAGUCCAUACAGUGUUUGUUUCCAUUUACAUUGUUUGCAAACAUUGUAGUAAAACAAGCUUAUAUUUGGGGUUAAUUAAUUUAUAAAUCCAAAAUGUAGCAAUUAAGGAUUAUAUCUUUAUAGCUUCAGUUUGGCAUUUAGCAAGCUGUUCAAUUGUCUUUUAAAUGUGUGGUAUUUACCUAUUCAUUCUUGAAGAACAUAAAAUGCCUCAUGAGCUUAACAUGCAUGACCUGUUAAUCCUUGCAUCUAGAGUUCGGGGCGUUCCAUUUUGUUGUUCUUCUAAUCCCUGAAUGUAGCUUUAAGCAUGUCACUCACCAUGCCACUAUAUCCUUUCUGUCGACCAGAGAAUCCAUUUACACCAUCCAGUACAACGUCCGCUCAUUCAUGAAUGUGAAACACUGGCCAUGGAUGAAGGUCUAUUACAAGAUCAAGCCCCUGCUGAAGAGCGCUGAGACUGAGAAGGAGCUGGCCAACAUGAAGGAGAACUAUGAGAAGAUGAAGACAGACCUGGCCAAGGCUCUGGCCAAGAAGAAGGAGUUGGAGGAGAAGUUGGUGUCCCUGGUGCAGGAGAAGAAUGACCUGGCGCUCCAAGUUGCAUCUGUGAGUGAACAACAACCCUCAUAUGGGUACAUUUACACACAAAUGAAUACACACAUGAACACACACACACACACUGUAAAGUAUGUGGCAAACUCAUAACAUUUCUAUUGCCAAUGUAAUAUGCUGUAUUUAUUUCAUGAAUUUCUAUUGAUUUGCUCUGACCUCUUUGACUAAAGUGUAUAUUUUGAUACACAAAGUGAGGCCGCAGAUCUUUUCUCCUGCUCUGAAACCAGGAUUCAGAAAAUCUGAACGAUGCUGAGGAAAGGUGCGAGGGGCUCAUCAAGAGCAAGAUCCAGCUGGAGGCCAAACUCAAAGAGCUGACCGAGAGGCUGGAGGAUGAGGAGGAGAUCAAUGCUGAGUUGACUGCCAAGAAGAGGAAGCUGGAGGAUGAGUGCUCUGAGCUGAAGAAGGACAUUGAUGACCUGGAGCUCACCCUGGCCAAAGUGGAGAAGGAGAAGCACGCCACUGAAAACAAGGUCUAGUGUCUUACCAUAGACAGUCUAACCAAACAAUAAUCCAAACAAUAAUCAACUCAAAACAUAGCUUAACAAUAAUGGAAUUCAAGUUGUAUUGUGGGUGCAGGAAAAAUUAAGACACAACAGUGGAAUUUCAGUUGCGGGGUACUCAACCACAUUCAUUGCAUGUUCUGCUCCCCACUCAUUUAUGACUUCCACUCAGUACACUGGCAUAGUGUACACUGCCAUCUAGUGUUGAAUCUAUAGUACAGUACUUGUUGACACAUUUCUAAUUUAAAUGAAUGCAAUAUAUAACAAACUAAAUCUCCCCUUUAUGGUGAAGUAUAAUUAUGUUGUGACCAUUUUCAGGUUAAAAACCUGACAGAGGAGAUGGCAUCUAUGGAUGAGAGUGUUGCCAAGCUGACCAAGGAGAAGAAAGCCCUCCAAGAGGCCCACCAGCAGACACUGGACGACCUGCAGGCAGAGGAGGACAAAGUCAACACUCUGACCAAGGCCAAGACCAAGCUGGAACAGCAAGUGGACGACGUGAGUGGAGUUUGACAUUUUGGCCAUGAUAGUGUGCAAGAUGAUAUUAUCUUCAUUUGUUUAGAUUUUAACAAUAUAUUUGUUUUUAUCUUAUAGCUUGAGGGUUCUCUGGAGCAAGAGAAGAAGCUCCGUAUGGACCUUGAGAGAUCCAAGAGAAAGCUGGAGGGAGAUCUGAAACUGGCCCAGGAGUCCAUAAUGGACCUGGAGAAUGACAAGCAGCAGGCUGAUGAGAAAAUCAAGAAGUAAACACAAACAAAUGACUACAGUAUCAGCUGCUAUAAUGGUUGUUCUUGAUUAAUUAUGAAUUAGCAUUUGCAUGUGAUUCUUAAAAGCAACAUGAAUGGUAUUAGACUCCUUUUACACUCUCAAACCUAAUCCAACUCUGCAAUCAACGUGUUUGUGUUUUUUAGGAAGGAGUUUGAGACCACUCAGCUCCUCAGCAAGAUUGAGGAUGAGCAGUCUCUGGGAGCUCAGCUGCAGAAGAAGAUCAAGGAACUCCAGGUACAGUACAAGAUCAAAGGAUCUAAGCUCCAGACACACUGAAUAAUUUCCUGAAAUAAACGGACACAUUUGUCCAUGUGACUUCUGAUGGCUCGGUAGGUGUUUCUUGCUGACAUUUCCUACCAUUGUAAAGAUGGUGCUUCCAUCGAGUUAGAUAGAGGACUCAUCUUUGUGUCUGUGCCAUUAUGGCGUUUGUGACAGAAUAGGCAUCUCCGUUUUUUUAAGUAGUCAUUUUUGAACCCGAUCGAAACAACCCAAGAACACUCGAGGCUGUAAUCACUGCCAAAGGUGCUUCAACAAAGUAAUGAGUAAAGGUUCUGAAUGAAUACUUAUGUAAAUGUGCUAUUUCAGUUAUUUUUAUUUUUUUAUACAUUUGCAAAAAAAAUUCAAAGAACCUGUUUUUGUUUUGUCUUUAUGGGGUGUUGUGUGUAGAAUGAUGAGGGAAAAAAUAAAAUUAUCAAUUUUAGAAUAAAGCUGUAACGUAUUAAAAUGUGGAAAAAGUAAAGGUGUCUGAAUAUUUUCUGAAUGCACUAUUAUUAUUUUUUGAGAAUCAAUUUUUUCAACUGUAUUGUAGUGUUAAUCCCCCCUGCUUCUGCCCCCUGUUCUAGGCCCGUAUUGAGGAGCUGGAGGAGGAAAUUGAGGCUGAGCGUGCUGCCAGGGCUAAGGUUGAGAAGCAGAGGGCCGAUCUCUCCAGGGAACUUGAGGAGAUCAGCGAGAGGCUGGAGGAGGCCGGAGGCGCCACUGCUGCUCAGAUUGAGAUGAACAAGAAGCGUGAGGCUGAGUUCCAGAAGCUGCGUCGUGAUCUUGAAGAGUCCACCCUGCAGCACGAGGCCACAGCCGCCGCUCUGACGAAAAGAAGCAGGCCGACAGUGUGGCUGAGCUCGGGGAGCAGAUCGACAACCUGCAGCGCGUCAAGCAGAAGCUGGAGAAGGAGAAGAGCGAAGUACAAGAUGGAGAUUGAUGACCUCUCCAGCAACAUGGAGGCCGUCGCCAAGGCUAAGGUGAGUAGUGAUGUUUUGGUCAAGCAUUGUUUGAGGAGUGUCAACUACAUUACCAUUCAAGUGAACUGAAGUUAACAGGAGUCCCAUAUAUGAAGUAAUGAUGGUACAUGUUUCACUAACAGGGCAAUCUGGAGAAGAUGUGUCGUACACUUGAGGACCAGCUGAGCGAGCCUCAGACUAAGAAUGAUGAGAAUGUUCGCCAGGUCCAACGACAUCAGCGGACAGAGGGCCAGACUCCUGACCAGAAAAUGGUACCAUCAACAAUUAAACUACAACCCAAUGCUUUCCUCAGUAGAACACAAUACAUUGUUGGGGGCUGUAUCCACAUAAUUUCUACUGUACUAUUCACAUUUUACAUUUUAGUCAUUUAGCAGACGCUCUUAUCCUGAGCGACUUUCAGUUAGUGAGUGCAUACAUAAUUUUUUUUAUACUGGCCCCCCGUGGGAAUCAACCCACAACCCUGCGUUGCAAACACCAUGCUCUACCAACUGAGCUACAUCCCGGCCGGCCAGUCCCUCCCCCUACCCUGGACCAAUGUACGCACGCCCCAUGGAUCUCCUGGUCGCGGCCGGCUACGACUGGAUUCGAACCAGGAUCUCUAGUGGCACAGCUAGCACUGCAAUGCAGUGCCUUAGACCACUGCGCCACUCGGGAGACCCACCUAACAUUGCCCUAUGAUACCUCCAAAUACAUUUUCAAUCUUAGAGAACAGAGACCCUAUUACCUUAGAUAUCCCUCUAUCCCUGCAGGUGAGUUUGGCCGCCAGCUGGAGGAGAAGGAAAGCCCUGGUGUCUCAGUGACCAGAGGAAAGGAAAACAGGCCUUCACCCAGCAGGUGGAGGAGCUGUGAACGAGGGCGAUUUGAGGAGGAGGUCAAGGUAAGGGACCCAAAAUGGACUCCCACCCGACCACAGGUUUAGAGCCAUAUCUUCAUAUAGAUGGUGACUAUGCCCACCCGUAGAGUCUUUUAUAUGAUUUGUUGGGUAUUCUCGAAUUCUCUUUUGGGCUUUCUCUCUCAAGGUAAAAAGCACUGGCCCAGGUGUUCAGUCGCCCGCCAUGACUGUGACCCUUUAG